UUGUUGUUCAUCCAGUUUUCCCAUGUAAUUGUUGUGUUGACAGUCGGCAUCAGCAGGUAAACAAUUCACGUCUGGCCAAUCGCAUCGCCCCGCUUACUUAUUUAUCACCACCAUCCAAGGACAGCGAACAGCGACAAAAACAUCAAAAGCGGCUUCAGAAAGAAGGGCUUGAAUUUGAAGAAUCCCUUGUCCGUUUUCAUUUGAGAGGAUUUGGUUAUCAAAGGAAACAAGGAACAGUACCUUGUGAACGGCUGAGUGAAUUUCCUUGGCAACUGAACAAGGGAUAAAAAAUUAUAUGCACGUGGACUUUAGGAUGUGACGUCAAAAUUUACAUAUGGCGGAUUGACCUUUUCGAAGCCAGCUGAAUAAAUUUUGAUUUAGGACGGUAUACCGGGAUACAAGCGCAUUAGGGCAAUGUGUAUGAAAAGUAUAUGUUAUUUCAUUAUCAAAGCGUGAAGUAAGGAUUGCUUUGCUUGCAUUUACCAAGAAUGAAGCCAAGACAGAUGAGUUUACGAGGGGUUUUAACACUUUUAGUUGGCUUGGUUUGUGGAUUUACUAUCGCUCUAUGGCUACGCCAGAAUUUACUCCCAUUGCCCCAAAGACGAUGUCAUAUGAACUUCCAAAAAGAUAUACGACCGAAGAGUGUCUCGAAGGAACUUGGAACAAGGAAGUUGAUUUUCAUUGGUGUCAUGACUGCGGAGAAGUUUUUAGACUCUAGAGCAAAGGCUGUGUUUGAAACUUGGGGAAAGAAAGUGCCUGGAAAGCUAGAGUUCUUCUCAAGUAGUAGCUCUAAAAAUAAUCUAAAUUUACCAGUUGUGAGCUUGCCCGGUGUGGACGAUUCUUAUCCGCCUCAAAGAAAAUCCAUGUUGAUGUUGAAAUACAUGCACGACAACUAUAUCGAUCAGUUCGAGUGGUUUAUGCGAUCGGAUGACGAUGUGUACAUCAGGACAGAUAAACUGUCCGACUUCCUGCACUCUUUAAACAGUUCUCAGGAUAUUUAUAUCGGCCAGGCUGGCACUGGAAAUAGGGCCGAGAAAGGGCUCCUAGGACUUGGUUACGGUGAUAAUUUUUGCAUGGGAGGCCCUGGAAUGGUAAUGAGUAGGAGCGUUUUAAAAAAAGUUGUCGGGCAUAUCGAGUUUUGCUUGCAGAAUUUGGUAACAAGCCACGAAGAUGUUGAAGUUGGCCGCUGCAUAAAGAGAUUUGUCGGUAUAUCGUGUACUUGGGCGUUUGAGAUGCAAGCGCUGUUCUACCAUAACCAGUCUCUCACCAUGGCAUUCCACGGCAACCUGGACACCAAGUCCGUGCGUAAGGCCAUCACCCUCCACCCUAUCAAAAAGCCGCCCUACAUGUACCGUAUGCAUUCACACUUCUUGGGCAUGAAGAUACAGGACCUCCAGCACCGCGCCGUCAAGCUACAGAGGAGUUUGCGUAAUAUGGACCGGCUACUCAGCGCGAGCACUAAUGAGCUUACUGCAGACGAGAAGGUUAGCUUUCAAGAUGUGCGCGACUUUCAUAGUCAGUUAUCUGUGAAUUAUACGGAGUCUUGGGAUAUGUUCACUGCCACGAAGUUCUACUCCGAUUUGACGCUCCAGCCGCCCGAGACUGGAAUGCGUAAUCCGCUAAAAGACGGCCUAAACCACGUGCUUAGUCAAACGAUGGAGCUGAUAAAUGAAGAAGCGAGCAAGGUACUUCACAGAAGUCUGGAAUUCAAGAAGCUCAAUCACGGGUAUAUAAGGAUUCAUCCCUUAUUUGGUGCUCAGUAUAUUAUGGACAUGCUUAUGAAGUAUCAUCGUCAUAUAGGGCAUAACAGGCGGCGUAUGACGGUCCAUGUGCGACAUCAUGCGUAUCUCCAACAGCCCUUCGGAAACCUCGUGUAUCGCGCCGAGCCAUCCACGAAGCGCUCAAAGACCAUCCACUUCAUUCUCCCGCUAGCAGGACGCUAUAGCACUUUUGUACGCUUCAUGAAGACCUUCGAGUCCGUAUGCUUAAACCUAAGAGCCGAUGUCAAACUACUGAUUGUUUAUUUCCCGGAAGUUGCGGAAUCCCACCAGCACAAAUCCCUGAUCAAAAAGUAUCAGACUCGCUACCCUGAAGCGGAACUCCUGUGGAUCGAGGCCAUGGGGACGUUCUCCAGGGGACUAGGUCUUACCCUAGGUGCCAACCAGUUCGGUAAAAACUCCCUUCUAUUCUUUUGCGACGUUGACCUGAUCUUCAGUGCGGGAUUCCUCGACCGAUGUCGGAAUAACGCGGCGUUAGGAAAACAAGUGUACUAUCCCAUGGUGUUUAGUCAGUUUGACCCUAACAUUACUUAUCCUGGGGGUUAUAAAGAAGAGUAUAACUUCCUCUUUAACAAGAAUGCGGGGUUUUGGAGAACUUACGCAUUCGGAAUUGUUUGCAUGCAUAGUCAUGACUUAAAGACCGUAGGCGGGUUCGAUACUACGAUCCAAGGCUGGGGGCUAGAAGACGUGGACUUGUACGAAAAGUUUAUAAAGCACGAUGAGAUAUCAGUAUUUCGUUCAGCGGAUCCAGGGCUAGUACAUAUAUACCACCCUGUAGUGUGUGACGCAAAUCUGGUGGACAGGCAGUUACAGAUGUGCCACGCGUCUAAGGCUUCCGGAUUCGCUUCACAGACUUCAGUUCUGAAGGCUCUUAUUAGUAAAGGCUUUGUAAAUAGAUGAUACAGGAGAUUAUGUAGUGCAAAGCAAAAGGGCAAAGCGUCAGUUACUAUCAUCAUGGAAUCCGGAAAGACAUUGCAUCGUCGAUGGUAGACAUGCAUCAUCUGUGAGCCUUCGUGCUGAUGGUGAGCGGACUCCCUGGAGUCGACAUGCGCAACCGAAGGUAGUGAAAUGUCUCAAAGCAAGAAUUCCUUAAAGGAGCUUCGUGUAGUUUUCCAAGAGCCACGUACUAACGAUCCGCUGUUUGAACACCAGUCCAUUAUUAGACAACUCAAGCAACGGUGACGGCAGGGAGAACAUGCCUUGUACUAAGAAUGCUUAGUUUCAAAUUAUUUUGAUUGAAUUAACUCGAUUAUUUAGUUCUUUACUGUGCCUUUACAGGUAAAGAGAAUUUGAACGUUCCGUCCUCGAUAGACCGAGAAACAUGUCCUUUCCACGUCGUAGUUUGGCGGGAAAUUGCUGAAAUGUAUUCAUCACAGACAGAGUGCAUUUCACCACAGGCUUACUAUCCUCCUGUUGUUAUCAUUUCAUUCGACCUUAACUUUGUAAUAGAUCAUUUACGGGAAAUAAUUCUGAUGAUAACAACGGGAGGAUGGCAGGGCUGUGAUUUUGCGUCUGGCUCUUUGAACUUUCCAUUGUUUUCUUCCGUUGCCUUCCGUCAUCUACGCCUUGGUCCCCUAUUGCUAGCUUGGCCUCACACAGCUGAUCAUCUGUUGAAGCAAUGUUUGCGAAGCACCACCAUAUCAUGCCACACGGUGAUGUAAACCGCAAAGCAUGCUGGUCCACAGCCUUCUACCAGGCGUUCUUGCCCGGGUUUCUGUCGGUCUUCCUGUGGUCGACGUGGUGACGUCACACGAAGCGAGUUAACGGUACAUUGGCAUUAGAAAUGGCACAAAGAUUAGAGGGAAAGAUUUAAAGUUCCGCCAAUGGAAUCAUUUCCGAGCUCAAGCAACCGGGUAGGAACGCCUUGAACUAGGUUUCCUGGAUGUAGCAUUACUACGUGUUUUCCAUGCUCGAAAAUCCAGCAUACUUUGCGAACGUUCCCAAAGGUUCCCAGCGUUAAUGUAAGUCAUUUUCCGGGCAAGAUUUUCGUGGCCGAGAAAAAAAACCUUGGCUCCUCCAGCAUGCAUAUUUUCUCGCGGCUAGGACUGUUUAGAUGGUUCUUCAGGAUAACAUUCCUUCAUCUGGGAAAACAAUUUCACCGUCGAAGAAACGCUUACUUUUCGCCAAUCCAUACGUACAAACAAAUUUUGUAGAAAUGGGGCAAGCGUCUUUAACCUAAAUUUCGGCAGUCACUUAUACUCCAACCUCGUCCCCAGGGUCUUCUGGGUAAUUUUCAAAACGCCAUAUUGAAAAUUACCCAGAAGACCCUGGGGACGAGGUUGCUUAUACUCGACAUUUCCGGUAUUUUCAUUGAUUACCUAAAUUACAAGAUUCAAGUUUCGUUUUAAAUUCUUGUUAUCUCACAUGGCAACUAAAAUAUUAUGGUGUAUUAGUGGUGGUACUUUGAUUUAUUUUGGUAUAAUUUGCACCAUUCCUAGUGGUAGGUCGAAAACAUUUAUUUGGGGGGGGGGGGGGGUAGGUUAGGUUUUUGCCCACAAGCGGUUAUACUUACAAUUCGAUGCGCGCUAGCGUGGCCAUCUCAUGAGGUUGCGUAGGAACCUACUAUCUGGUUGAUUACUAGUCAACCGGCAGAGCCAAGAGGUGCUUCAGUUGCACGAAAAUAUUCUUUUAGUUGUAAAGCAUCUACAAAUCAAUACUGUGAUGUUCGCAUGCUAACUUUCUAGAAAAACACGGCCACGGUAGCGCGCGUCGCUACCAAAUUUUGUGCCUACAAUCCAGAGACAAGAAGUUCAUCAAUAUUGUGUACCAAGAACACAACAUUGCUUGAAACAAAAGCACUGUCUUAGCCAUUUGUAUGAGGCAUGCUAGAUUCAAACCUUUUUCUCGAGUAACUUUUUUUUCGAGUUUGGUAGCUUUAAAUGUUCUCAGCUGUCGGUAAAUCGGCUUAUAAUUAUUAUAUUUUGUAUUAGAAAAUAUUAUCAUAAAGAGGAAAAAAACAUUUGUAUUAAUAUAGGUAGAUAGGUGAUCUGAUUAUUAUUAAUAUAUGAUUUGAAAUGGCCAAAUAAAGUGUUUUUUAGCUCCUUGGUA